CCCAAGCGCUGCACCAAAAAAGGCUUGUAUCCAUUAAGGAUCGUAUCGAUAGGGCUGAACGCUGGACGAGGCUCGUGCACACGCAUUGGUCUCGUGCGCUGGCGCGCACAGCAAAACCCAUAGCAGCAGCCAGCGAGAGCAAAGCCACAUAAGCAUCUCUUAAGCUCCACCUACGCGUCGCGCAUAGAUAAAGCAAUGGCCGCCAUGCCCCUGCAGCGGUCCCCGUCCAUGGCCGUCGACGAAAUCAGAUUAGCCUGCGCGGCCAUGUACGCGCCAAAUACAGACCCCGCCACUAGACAAAGGGCCGGCGAGUACCUCGAGCAGGCCUCGGCGGGAGACGACGCCUGGCCCGCCCUCCUGCAACUCGUGACGACGCCUCAAGAACAGGCGGCCACGAGGUUCUGGGCCGCGUCCGCUUUGUUUCGGAAAGCGCGACGGGAGCCCCCACCACCCGCGCUCCGGGCCCAGCUCGUCCAGCAGCUCGCGACCGCCCUGGCGAGCGACGUCCCGGGCGAGGUCGCCAAGCAGGUUUCCGUGGCCUGCGCGACAUUAGCUUUGCGCACGGCCGCCGAGGACCCUUCAGCGGUGGGCCAGUGCACGCGACUGGCGCUGGAGCUGUGUGGUCGAAGCACACACGGUCUAGGUUUACUGAAAGCGCUGGCGGACGAGGCGCCGAACGUCGACGCGGGCGCGCACCGGAUACGACCGCUCAGAGCUGAAUUGCAACGAGUCGCGCGCGCGGACGUCUUUCCUGCACUAUUACAAGCAACUGGUGUGGACGAGGUCCUCGCGGCCUGGCUCCAGCAUGGUUCCGAGAGCUCGCUCCAUGACCUGCUCGGCGGUGUGGACGCCCCGGCCUUUUCGAAAUUAACAUCCGUAAGGACCGCCGUCUCGACGUUGAUCGUCGCCGCGGAAGCGGGGGGCGGUCAAGUGUUAGACGACGCGUCAUUGCAAGCUUUAAGAGCUUUCUUGGGCCAAUGUCGACAAGAAAAUGACGCGGAGUGCCUCGCGGACAUUGCGAGACUCACGGCCGCCCUCGCGGCGAGCGAGCCGCACGGCCUGCAACUGGCGCAACACUUACCCGAGGUCUGGGACCUCGCCUUGACGUGCGUCGAGCACCCUUCUCGACGAAUAGGGGCCCAAGCACUGGACGCUUUUCUCGUGCUGCAAGACGUGCCCGUAGCGCAACGGCACCCCGCGUUGACGAGGGACGCCUUCUCCCGUUUACUAGUCUCCAUCACGCGGAGCUGUGCCAAUAGUACGGACGACGACGAGGACCCCGAGGACGCGCUGUUCCAGUUCCGGGCCGUCGCCGCGGAUGUUUUAGUUGCGACCUACUUCUUGCUAAGGGAGACCUAUAUGAGGACUAUUGCUGAUGAAAUGAAGAGUUCAUUGGUAGCGCUGACGGAAGGCGGCUCGCCCGAGAGAGCCGAGGCCGCUCUGUAUGUGCUGCGGGUGGCGAGAAGGGAGGUCUGCUCGGACCUGAAGAGCCGACCGGACGUCGCUGCUUCUGCGAGGGAGAGCGUCGGGGCCGUGCUCCAAUUCGCGGAGCAUCCCGCGUUCGGCGCUUUAUUUCAGUCGGGUCGAGGCUUCGUGUUGUGCGCCGGAGCCUGCGAUUUGCUGGGCGCCUUCGCGCCGGCUCUUUCCACGCAAGCCCCAAAUGCAGUAGCGUUCCUCAGCGGCGUGAUCACGCACUCGCAAAAUCGCGACCGGCGCGUCGCGUCGGCCGCGGGGCAAGCUCUCUGUCGGGUCUGCUCGUCUCAUUCAAAGGUCGUGUGGUCCGCCCCCGAUUCAUUAAGGGACGCUAUUACAGCCGUCUCCAUGACCGGAGACGAGUCGGCCUGUUCGGUGGUGGAGGGCGUCGCGCGCGCGGCGUCCCAUGUUUCUGUCGACGUCGCCUCAAAAACGUGCGCUCCACUCGUCGACGCCCUCAAGGUCUGCGUCGAGGCGGCCAUAAAUGCCGUGGACGUCGACGCGAAGGUGCGGGCCUUCAAGCGCGUCGUCCACGCGUUGCAAUUAUGUGACACAUGUGCAAGCUUCGCGCCGCCACAACUACGGCAGCAGCUCGCCGUACGACUCAUGCCGCUGCUGAGCGCGUGCCACGCGCCUCCGUUGGCCCUGGACGAGGUCGUCGUCGGUUCUGCAUUAAGGUGCCACGCGAGCGCCGCGCUGAAGGAGGACCCUUCGGUGGAGGACGCACAACAACUCGCAAAUGUCGCCUUAGUGUAUUGGGAGGCGCACGCCUGGGCGUCCUCAUUGGAAGCUCUGGCGAAGGUCGUCGACGCGUGCGCCUCGCGCGCCGACGGCGCCGCCUUGCUCUCGACCGUCGCGCAGCGCGUCGUCGCGGCCGCGGCGCGACACAACACACCUUCAUCAGAAAUGUUUUCCCUGCUCGUGCGGCUCUGCGCGCUGGCUCCGUCGACGUUGUCAGCGCCCUCGGAGUUUUGCGGCGCGCUCUGGGCGUUUUGCAUACGAUGCCUGGGCGCCGCCGACGCCGGCGGGUCCGCGGGCCGCGCCGCGGCGAACCUGCUGGGCGCCCUCGCGAAGCGGGCGACGCAGGACGAGGCCCACCGACAUCAGCUCGGGGCGCACGGCGCCGCGGCCUGCCGCGAGGCAAUCCGGGUCCUCGCCGGGCCCGCGCCGUCGCAGCUGAGGCCGGCGCUGAGCGAGUGCCUCCACGCCGUCGCCGCGGCGGCGCCGUCGUCGAACGCCGUGGCCUGGCUCGGCGACGCGCUCGGCGACGACGCGUUGUUCGACGCGAAGCUCCCCGUCGGCGAGCGGCGGCGCGUCCACGCGGCGCUGUGCGCCUUGGUCGCGCAAAAGCCGCGCUUCAAGGCGCUCGUCGUCGACCUCGCCAAGAUCUCGAACGGCGAGACGUCGCUCGACGCGAUCCUGGCGUACGAGAUCGCGCCGCAGUAG